CCAUUGACGUUUCAAAUCGAAAUACGAAAAUAUGUGAUAAGUGCACCAGAAGCACAUCACUUUAGUGCAAUAAUUACAUCAAUUUCUACCACCUAAUUUAAGGACAACAUGCAUAACGACUUAUUUAAUCUUCCUGCUGGUCCGCCGGAGCUUUGUUUCGACAAGAACGAGUUCGUAAAGACAACAUUUUCUGUUGACGAAUUCCUGCACAAAAACCGCAAUACCGGCCUGGAAGCAUUACGAGAUGAUUUGGGCAUUUACUUGAAGGUACUGCGUUCGGCUAUGAUCGAAUUGAUCAACCAAGACUAUGCCGAUUUCGUGAAUCUGUCGUCGAAUCUGAACGGGCUCAAUCAGUCAAUCGAUGGCAUACAAAUACCAUUGGGCCAGUUGAAAGAGGAAAUAAUUGUGGUGAAGAUGACCCUAGCCGAUACGAUGAACGAGCUACAGAACGCCUUAACGGAGAAAAAGAUUUUGAGAAAUUAUUUGAAAAGUGUCCAGAGUGUGGGAAAGGUGCGGAACUUGAUUGGAAAUUUGGAGAAUUUGCUGGAGAAUCAAAUCAGUUUGACCAACCUGAAUCCGACAUUGUUGGAACGAGCGGCCUUUUGCUACGUUCAAUUGGUCUACGAUUUGCAAUUCUGUGACAAAUUGAUUGAGUCGAAAUUCGGUUCCAGCAAAGUCGAACAACUACACCGCAAAUUGUUGAAUUGGCUGGAGGCGCACUUCCUGCAAUGUCUGAACACAACGAACCCGGAUCAAAUUGAAAGAUGUUUGCACAUCUACGCCACAUUGAGUGAAUACGAGGCCGUCGAGGCGAUCUAUCGCCAGAAAGUGGUCAGCAAGCAUUUACAGUCGAUAAUAACCGAAAAGUCACUGCAAAAUUCACCGCGAGGCUUGUCAAGGAUCUACGAACAAAUUUUGGCUUUUGCCAGAAGCGACUUGGAGCAAUUGAUGUCGUUGACACGUACGAAUCGGGCGAAGGGAUUCGACUUCUUUUUGAACAGUUUUUGGUGUGAAACUGAGCAACGAUUGGAAACUCAUAUGUCGUCGAUAUUUGCACCGGGGAAUCCUGAUCUGUUCUACCGCAAAUACAAUGACACAGUGGAUUUUCUGGACAGAUUGGAGAAGUUAGUAGGAGACUCGAACGAAGUAACCAAAUUUCGAAUGCAUGGCCAGUACAAGCAAUUCCAAUUGAGAUGGAAUCUCCCGGUUUACUUCCAGAUAAGAUUCCAAGAAAUUGGCGGCAAAUUGGAAUCAGUCUGCAGCAAUUCAGUCACCAAAUCGUUAGUCAAACCACAAAAUGGUUUCCGCUUAUUCCCAUUCAUCACCGGCUUUCAGUGCAUUCAAAGCUGUUGGUCGGAGGGAAUUUAUAUAAAACAAAUUUUCAUUCGCUUCUACAAACUGACGCUACAAAUCAUAUCUCGACUGUCGGUGUGGGUCGACGAAUGCAUCGAAAUCAAAGACAUCGAUCCGGAAAUGAACAGAAUUGAGUUCUACGUUUCCAUCCAUUCGGACAUCGAUCGAAUGACAAAUCUCCUCGUUGAACAAGCCAAAACCAUCAUUCAACUGGCACCCGCAGAAGUCACCGAACAUGCAACCACCUUGCAGCAAAAUUUCCUAGACUCGAGCAAAUUGUUGAACGAAAGGCGUGACAAAAUCGCGAAUCGAAUCGUCCAGGAAAUUGCGGGCAGAAGUGUAAGCAACAUCAAGCAAGUCAACGAUAUACCGAGACUGUAUCGUAAAACGAAUCGAGAUAUUCCAUCGAAACCGUGCGGCUAUGUUGAUCAAAUGCUGGACCCGUCCAGACAAUUUAAGCAACAGUAUUCCGGUGAUGUUGACGACGAGACGUGCCGACAAAUUUGCCGCAAUCUAUUUUCGACGCUUAAUGUCCAAUACUAUUCGUCUGUGGUUGAUGUGUUAACAUCCGUGCAGAAAACUGAAGAAUCCCUGAGGCGAUUGAAGAACUUGCGUGAAAAGUCAACAUUGAAUACCAGUGCCAAUGAUCGCCAGGGACUAAGUGACGACGAUAAAAUUCGACUUCAGUUGCAGGUGGAUAUCAUUUACUGGGCUACGGAGAUCGAGAAAAUUGGCGUUGCAAUCAGUGAUGUAGACAAACUCGAUGAGCUUAAAGCACUAGUGGAAGAGUCAACCAAAAUUAGAAUUGCGAAAUAAAAUGUUAUUCAAAGUUUG